AUGCCGUCAGGCGCGCUGGAGAAUCGGGCAAGAGGCGGAGGCGCCGCCGCGGCUCCUUUUCGCCGCCCCGACCACACGCACAGCGCCCCCGCCGUCGCUGCCCGCGCUGCAUUUCACCGUGAACGCGCGAGUGGCCUCUGCCGGGGCGGCAGCGCAGUUCGGCUGGGGUUCGUGCGCUUUGCGCAGGUGCAGCCCGCCCCACCGAAACUGCGCCCACCCACGGCGGCAUCCAUCUCUUCUCCCGGCCCCCUGCGCACUUCCUCCGACCCCCACCGGCGGCGAGGCGCCGACGUAACCUCUUGCCACCGUCCGGGCACGAGAACUGCGCGGGCGCCUGAGUCCUCGUCUUCGCCCCGCGCUCCGUCCCCGCAGAGGGAGGCGCGGCAGCGGGGCCGCCGGGGCCAUCGAGCUGAGCCUUCGGCCCACAACGGCUGGGGCGAAGCAAGAAAAGAAAGAGAGAUGAAUAGUAAAGGAUGA